CUGUCUUCUUUUUAAAAUAAUUCUUCGAAUGUUGAUAUCACAACCUGUAUAUGGAUAUUGGCCAACUUUGCAGAUAAUCGUCUAGAAAACCUUGCUACAUCUGUCUUCAGCCAAGACGACUCCAAGAUAGACUUACUUUCGAUGAAUGAUAAUGAUGAGAACCAGGAUGCAGUCUAUACUGUAGAGGCAGAACAGCUGCUGGAUGCUGGAGAAAGUUCACGUCCUAGAGAAAUAUCAGGAUGGACUUUGCUGAUGACAAACUUAAGCCUAGAGAUUGCAUCAGCGGUUUUUGACCAGAUGGGUUAUGCACAAAUUGGCACGGUGUUGGCAUUUGUAGCUUCGCUUCUUGCUGCCGUUGAACUCAUUCACAUGGCUCGAAAGGAAAGAAUUAAACGGGCGGUCAUGAGCUCAUUGCCACCUUUUCAUCUCCGAUCAACUUGUACUUCCGCAACUAGAAAGCCUGUUGGCACUAUUGUUGAGUAUUUUGGAUAAUUGGCUGGUGCUGUCUG